AUGGCGAACGCAUUCGGUUCAGCAUGGCGCUCCUUCUGGCAUACCAUGACCUCCUAUGACCGUCAUGCCUCCCACGACUCUCCCUACCGCACCGGCCGACAUGUUCCCCUCAGCCAAAGCCGUCAUGAACCUCUCACCUCCAUUGCGACCAGCGCAAUCGAGUCCCGUCCCGAUCUCUCGAGCCCCUACGAUGAUGACCCUACCAAGGGCUUGGCGAGUUCCCAAGCCACUGAGCUGAAUGGCUCACCCACCGAUAUGGGCUCGCCCACUCGUCCCUACUCGCCGGGCAUGCGGUCGCUGGCGUCCCAAAAACGCGGAUCCAACGAGCAGACCGAGGGGAUGGCCGAAAUUCAGAUGCAAAGUUUCCAUGACGGCGCGCCGCCCCCGCCGCCAGUCGCCCACUCCUGGCGCAAGAUUGAGCGGUGGUUGGAACACAAUUAUGAGGAGCUAUUGGACAAUCUCGGCGAAGGCUGCACCCAGAAUGAUAUUAAUGAAUUGGAACACGAGUUGGAUUGCAGUCUGCCCUUGGAAGUGCGGGAGUCAUUGAUGAUCCACGAUGGCCAGGAGCGCGGGGGUCUUCCCACUGGCAUUCUGUUCAGCUCCAUGCUACUCGAUUGCGAAGAGAUCGUGCAGGAGCGGAAGAACUGGAAGACGGUCAAUGAAGAGUUCCUCAGUGCGUCCAUGAUGCACAACCCUGCCCCCGUGUCCAGCUCUGCCGCCAGUUCGUCCUCCGCCGCCGGGUCCCAGCAACAAGGCUCGCCGGUGUGGCGGAAUGAGCUGCUCGAACGCCAGGACUCCCAGCCUCCGGGCGCCGUGCAAAAGGCGUAUGCUCACCCCGCCUGGAUUCCGCUUGCCAGAGAUUGGGGGGGCAACCACCUCGCAAUUGAUCUGGCUCCUGGUCCGGCUGGGAAAUGGGGCCAGGUGAUCAUUUUUGGCCGCGACUACGAUUGUAAAUAUGUCGUUGCGCGCUCUUGGGCGGCAUUCAUGGCCAUCUUCGCAGAUGAUCUGUGCAGCGGCAAGGUCAUCGUCGAUGAAGAAACCAAUGAGCUGAAGUUGAAGGAGUUUAAGUCCCAGAAUGUCGAGCCGCCAUACCUGGAAAUUCUGCGGUGGCGGACCGACCAGAAGUAUGGCCGUCGCCCGCCGCGUCGACGUGGCCCUAAUGGAUUGGGAGCGAAUGCAUCGGGCAAAUCCAGCACCCGGGACUCGCCAUACGGUAGCCCAACUCGGGCUGAGGAGCGUGGCCGCUCGCCCCAUCGCUUCUCUAAAGGAUCUAACCAGAGCCCUAAGACUCCCUUCGGUGUGUCAAGCCCUCUGGCGCGCGUAACGGAAGAAACCUCGAGCCCCGUUGGUACGGCCGGGCCUACCAUUUCGGAGGAUCCGAGAGAGCAAAGUAAGGAAGAGGUCACAGAAGACCUGAUGGAGGUGGCAACCCCGCAGAUCUCUAACAAGGAAAACGAAGGCUUUCCCAACAAGCCUAUCGAUGGGAAGCCUUCCGAGGCUGACAAGGCUGACAAGACUGAUGAAGUCGCCGGAUCCUCGAACGUCUUGGACUCAGAAGUGCUCGGAGAGAUGAAGAACGUGGCCAUUUAA